CUCGUCCCUGGCUCGGUCGAUGUGAUCGUGACGUGUAUUACCGAGGAGUUCCUCAAAUUGUAAAGCUAGGUGGCUAAUAUGAAGUUAGCCAGAUUUGUUGCCGAUGAUAUUAAGUGAUUGACGGAAGACUAAUCGAAGCGAAAACAGCGUUGGAUCGGUAUUUUGGAAGCCAUAAUGCCUCUCACGGUCGGCGGAGGAGAGCGACGGGCUGAGCGUGUGCGCGUCUUGUUUCUGCUCGCCGCCGUGUUGUUGUUGUCGGUCGGAGUUGCUGCUGUUCCAGAGGAGAACAACCCGGUACAAGAGCAACCACAACAAGAGAAAGCCUCAAGUCCGCAUCCCAUCGGCCCAGUAGUGUCUGAGGAUGACUCCAGCAAAGGAAACCUGGGUUUCAUCCACGCGUUCGUGGCCUCCAUCUCUGUCAUCAUCGUCUCUGAGUUGGGAGACAAGACAUUUUUCAUUGCAGCCAUCAUGGCGAUGCGUUAUAACCGUCUCACCGUGCUGGCAGGCGCCAUGCUGGCCCUGGGUCUCAUGACCUGCCUCUCUGUGCUGUUCGGCUAUGCCACCACCAUCAUCCCCAGAAUCUACACGUACUACGUGUCCACCGCUCUCUUCGCCAUCUUCGGUGUCCGCAUGCUGAGAGAGGGGCUGAGGAUGAGUCCGGAUGAAGGCCAGGAGGAGCUGGAGGAGGUCCAGGCAGAGAUCAAGAAGAAGGAUGAAGAGCUCCAGCGGUCCAAGCUGGUUAACGGGACUCCAGAUGUGGAGGCGGGAUCAGGGACAACCAUUCCUCAGGGAAAGUGGCACAGCUUCAUUUCACCCAUCUUCAUCCAGGCCCUCACCCUCACCUUCCUGGCAGAGUGGGGCGACCGCUCGCAGCUCACCACCAUCAUUCUAGCUGCCCGGGAGGAUCCUUUUGGAGUUGCAGUGGGUGGUACACUUGGACACUGUAUGUGUACAGGACUGGCUGUGAUCGGAGGGAGAAUGAUCGCCCAAAAAAUAUCUGUCAGGACAGUUACAAUCAUCGGAGGGAUUGUUUUUCUGGCGUUCGCCUUCUCUGCCCUGUUCAUCAAGCCAGACGCUGGAGUUUAACCGCACGAAAGACUUUCAGGUUUCUCUGUACAUACUUGUAAAAUUUGGUUAAGUUGCUGUAGAGAGACUGUAGUUUUGACUCUGUGUGUGUCCAGCAGACAGUGUUGACGGGCUGAACGGAGAGCCAAAGUCCCGUCCGACUCUCCGAGCUAGCCUUUGACCCACCGCAGUCUGUAACUCAGUGGGUUCUCCUCUUUGAAGGUCAAGCACUUCAACAUUAUUUUGUUACCAUUAGAUAAACGUUUGUCAGUGUUUUAUCAAGAACAUAAGUUAGAGAAAUAUUGAACUUCAGAACAGAAAGCUCUUGGAGCUUGAAAGCCUCAAUCAGGAGAAAUCAUUGAGUUACAGGGCUAGCUCGGAGCGGAGGAGCAGGACUGUAGCUCUCCAUAAGAGCUGGAUUCUCAUCACGACGUGUGUGAGAGAAAGAAACAGGAUUGUUACUGAUAGCUGCUCUCGGACCCAUCUGUAAAAGGCUCUGUGGCUCCGAAACAGAGCCCGACAUGCAGUACUUCCCUCAGUCAGACACUUGAGUCCAUAUAAAAAACCUUUACUUUUUUCUUGUUUUUAAAUGUUGAAUGUUUUUCUGUUAAUUUGACAUGAGCCCAGAUGCUGUCAGGUGGCUGUUGACAGAUUUGUAACUGUGGCCGAGCCGCCAGCUUGCUCUCACUGUGCAACAGUUGGCUGGUGUGGCGUGUUUGUUUAUUCCAUCUUCCUCUCUGGGUGACAUUUUCUGCCACAAUGCAUUAAAAUCACAUAAUAAAUGGGCCUACUUUAUGUAAAAUUUAAAUUUUCAGUGAAAAACAGAACCAGCAGCACAUAAUUAAAGGAAUACUUCACCCCCCAAAUGAUCGUUUGUAUUUCAGUUAUUUACCUUGUGUGAAGUUGAAUUUGUAAAGAAAACUUUUGUCUCGCAUGUCUACGCUGUAAACAAAGAAUCCCCAAAUUCUUGAUGAAUUAAAGUCAUAGGGGCCACAUUUAACAACAGUUAAACAACACAAACUCUCACACAACUCGUGCAGUAUAGUCCAAGUCUCGUUUAUGCAGUCGUUUGCUCAGUGCUCUCUAUCUAUGCUCUCUUCAAAGCCUAAAAAACGCCUUUUUUACCUCACUGAACACAGGAGCUGCUGGUAUAACACCGCCUUUAUUUGUAGUUUCUGUUUUUGUGACUUUGAAGUAACCAUUUAAAACACCAAAGUCACACAAAAACACAACCGAUCGAGGCAGCGGUAGACCAGCAGCUCCCGUGUUCAGUGAGGUAAAAUUAUUGAUUUUUGUCAAUGGAGUCUGGUUCUAAGAAAGGCCAGAUCAGUCUUUCCACUCUGUUUUAAAUCAACGUUUUGGCAAAAAUGCAUGUGUUUGGGAAGUAUUGACCAUAAAACUGGUUAAAUGAGACUUGGAUAAUAACACGAGUUGUGCGAGUUUAAAUGGCUGUUUUGAUAUAGUUUAGCUGUUGUUAAAUAUGUACCCAUAAGACUUAAAUUAAUCAAGAGUUUUCUCAUUUUUUCUCAUUCUUUGUCCAUUAUUAAGGCAUGCAAGAAAAACAGAUUGCUGCACAAAUUUGCUGUAACACUGGGUGAAAAUAUAAUAUGUAAAAGAUCUUUUCAGGUGUGAUGUAUUCCUUUAAAAUAACAUAAGAAGCAGGUUGAAUUUUGCUUUUCUCAGUGGGAGGAAAAACACUAAAAUUAAAACCAACAGCACAUAAUUGAAACUUUGAGUCACAGAGGUCACUGAAAUAUUCCCCUCAGUCUCUUUGACAUAGGAGCGGUAUUUUAAAGAGACAGACCUGAACUACUAGAGUAGCUCUGCAUCCACGUCACCAUACAGAUGUUUGAGGUACUUUAAAAAGAUCACAUAUUGGAGAUAUUGAUCGGGGUAUUCUAUAUUUCCUGCUUCCAGUUUCAGGUGCCGACAGUGAACAAAAUCUGGAUCAGGUUGAAGGCCAGUCAUAAUCACAAAUUCUCCCACUCUUCCUCAGAGAUUACAGCCAUUAUGUACCAACCAGUAUGAACCUCACUGCCUCUAUUGUUACCGCCAUGAAUCACAAAAUCAACGAUUACUUUGGGUACAGAAGCAAUAAGUCACCACUGUGUAAUUUAUCCUGCUAAAAACUUCCAGUAUGAGUCACUCCUUUUCGCCAUAAGCAGCUGUGUUGUAGCGACACCCGAACACGGCGAUGUAAUUCAAGCCUACGUUUCACCUUUGUAUUUAAAGUGGUUUCUAUUUAUUUCGUUGUCUUUCCUUUUUAAGCACAUGUACUGUAGGAACAGAGCAGGUGGGGGGAGGUCACUAUAAACAAGGAAUGGAAAUAUUUUUUUAAAGUGAACAGGCUAAAAGCUGCGUUGUCAAUAUUUGACAGGCCGUGCCCAGCUGUGAAAUACUUCUGUUUGUGAUACAUGGUUGGUUGAAUUACCUAUAAAUCCAAAAUGCUCAAUAAAAAUGUUUCUUGUGUUGACUGA